AUGGAAUCUAAAGAAAAAAUCCUCUCUUGCUUGAACAUCCUUAAACGAUUGCCACCAACUCAAAUCUAAAAGAAUGCUGCAGCACUAGCUUCUUUGAUUCCAGAUUAUGCGGAGGAACUAUACUAGAAGAUAGACAAGCCUUUAGGUAUGAGAGAAAUGACAAUUUAGAUAUUGGAUAGGAUGAAAAAGGGAAUCAAUAUAUAUAAUCCGAAUUCAAUAGGGAUGGAGACUCAUUUAGAUCACAUGUAACAAAUUAAUACUACCCUCAAAUUGAUGACGCAGUUUAUCCUUCAGAUGCAUUACGGAAAUUAGAAAUUAAAGCCAAUGCUGUCUUUGACGAAUAUAGAAGAUUGUACAUAUAUUAUAAAUAUCUCAAGAUAUUACGAAGGAGGAUUGUCAUCAUGCUAUUUUUGGGAUAAAGAGGAUGGUGGAUUUGCUACCGCUUGGUUGAUUAGGAAAAAUGUAGAAAAGACUAAGGGAAUUGAGGAUGGAUCUUGGAGUUCAAUUAACGUAAUUGAUAUUAAGACAGAUGGAAAAUCUAAGUGGACUUACAAGAUAACUACCUCAGUUGUUUUGGAAAUGAAUAUCAUCUAAAAUCAAGAUGUUGGCAAAUUCAAUAUAACAGGCACAUUAACCAAAUAAGUACUCACCAUCAUCGAUUUUUUUAGAAGGAAGAAUCUUUUGAAGCUCCUGCAGGUAAUAAGGAUUUAGAGUUGUUCCACAUUAUGAAAAUAGGAACCUUAGUUGAAGAUGUGGAGAGCUAUCUCCGUUCCUAAAUGGAUAGUAUUUAUUUUGGCAAAACCAAAGAUGUAUUCUCUGUAUCCAACUAUUUAAUAGAUAGUGUUCUAAACACGUUUCAUCGAAGGAGAAAAGCAUUUCAUCUAACAAAGAUAGGGAUUAGCAGGAGAAUUUAAAUAGAAAUAUGGAUGAUAUAAUUGAAUUCAAUAAUGAAUUUAUUAAAAAUAAUAUUGAACCAUUUCUA